AACUUUUCGAAUACAUUAUGCGUCUUUAGUUCGUAGUUCGCACUGUUGACGUCUCUCCGUUCAGGUUUUCGGCCCUUAAGUCGCGAUUCCAGAAAUGCAACUUUUUAAUUAUUUUCUGUUGGACCAUUUACUUUAGUAGUUCAUGCUUUUCUGGAAUUUAAUAGUUCCGGAUCCGGACAGCGAUCUGAACGACAGCCAAGAGAUUCCGGAAUAUUUCUUGCGCGGCAAGAAACAGAGUGAAGCAUAUUUCGUAGCGGGUUAUAAAACGCCCCGAGUUUGCUGUUGUUUUAGUAUCUGUGAGAUUUAAUGGUUUAGUAUACCGAAAUAUUUUUGUGGCUCCUUUCCUUUUCUGGAACCGGGAAAGCGUGAGCAUUUGCUGUUUUUCCGUCGGAGUCUGUGGAUGAUUCGCAGGACUUUUGUGGUAAUUAAGGAUGAGCAGUAGAGAGCUUUCUAAGGGAUCCUAGUUGGUCGGUGUCCUUUGAUGAGAACUACUUGUCACUGAAGAACGUUGCCAAAGGGACUAAGUUCUGAGCUCCAGGCUUCUCCCCUCUGGUGCUAUAAAAGAGAUAGGUAGUUGAACUUUUGACAUCUAUUGAAUACAAUGGCAUGGUCAAGGCUUGCUGGGAACAGUUUGAGACAUUCACUUAAUACCAGUCUGACUGGAAGGGGCAGUGUUGUUGAUCGUGUGCUCUAUCAGAGUGCCUUCCAUAACCAAAUCUAUUCACUUCAUCAUUGCAACUCCUACAGUAGAAAUGUGAAUGAAAGAAGCCAAGUGAAUCUUUGGCUUAACAGCCUAAUUUCUGAAAAAAGUUUGAUCAAUCAGGAAAAAACUCAGAAAAGGGGAAUAAGUAUGUCACCAAAGUACCAGUUUCCUGUAGCAGAGAAAGCAAUAGACUAUGACAUUCAGAAGGAUUCCGAGCAAGAAGAUAAAAAGGCUGUUCAGAAAUUUCCUGGCUUGGGACCAACAAAGUCUGAUCAGAAGCCAAGGAUUGUAGUUCUUGGUUCAGGAUGGGGUGCCUGUCGGUUUCUGAAAGGAGUAGAUACUAAGAUAUAUGAUGUAGUUUGUAUAUCACCACGUAAUCACAUGGUCUUUACUCCUCUGCUUGCUUCCACUUGUGUUGGGACGCUUGAAUUUAGGUCAGUUGCUGAACCAGUUAACCGAAUACAAACUGCACUGGCAAAAGAACCUAAUUCCUAUUUCUUUCUGGCAAAGUGCACUGGUUUAGAUGCAGACAAGCAUGAAGUCUUCUGUGAAACAGUAAGCGGUAAUGAACUGCCUCAUGAACCAUACAAAUUUAGAGUUGCAUACGAUAAACUAGUAAUUGCUUCGGGAGCAGAGCCUUUGACUUUCAAUAUUGAUGGAGUAAAAGAACACGCGAUUUUUCUUCGUGAAGUGCAUCAUGCACAGGAAAUAAGAAGGAAGCUUCUCUCGAACUUGAUGCUUUCUGAAAAUCCUGGACUGUCUGAUGAGGAAAGGAAACGCCUCUUGCACUGUGUUGUCAUUGGUGGUGGUCCUACGGGGGUAGAGUUCAGUGGAGAACUGAGCGACUUCAUUAUGAAGGAUGUCCGCGAAAGAUACAGUCAUGUUAAAGACCACAUCCAUGUUACGCUCAUUGAGGCAAACGAGAUAUUAUCAUCUUUUGACGUGCGGUUGAGGCAAUAUGCAACCCGUCACUUGAGGAAGUCUGGCGUUCAACUUGUUCGUGGAGUGGUCAAAGAGGUGCAUCCAAAGAAGUUACUUCUUAGUGACGGCACUGAAGUUCCUUACGGACUGCUGGUCUGGUCCACAGGAGUGGGGCCAUCACCGUUUGUAAACUCUCUCAAUCUUCCAAAGUCUCCUCAAGGAAGGAUUGGCGUUGAUCAAUGGUUGCGAGUUCCUUCUGUUGAAGAUGUGUUUGCUCUUGGUGAUUGUGCUGGGUAUCUUGAGGAGACUGGAAAGCAAACUCUUCCAGCUUUGGCACAGGUUGCAGAGAGGGAGGGUAAAUAUCUUGUCGGCCUAUUUAACAUGAUUGGAAAGCAGAACGGGGGCAAAGCCUAUGCCGCCAAAGACAUUCCUCUUGGUGAUCCUUUUGUUUACAGGCACCUAGGUAGCAUGGCGUCUGUUGGGCGAUACAAGGCAUUGGUUGAUUUGCGCCAGAGCAAGGAUGGAAAGGGUAUGUCUUUUGCAGGGCUUAUCAGUUGGUUUAUCUGGCGGUCUGCUUACUUGACGCGAGUCGUGAGCUGGAGGAACAGGUUUUAUGUGGCUGUCAAUUGGGCCACCACCUUCGUCUUCGGUAGGGACAAUUCGAAGAUCUAGUAGCAGACUCGGGAGACGAUCGCCCUGAAGAUGAUAGCGCUGGCGCGUCUGUCUGGUCUGUUGACGCCCUUCUGAAAUGUUGUUCCUUUGCCUGGAGAUGAAAGGCAGCGUGUAUUCAUUUCUUCUACUUAAAAUUUUUGUAUUCUUUUGUUCUGCUGAGAUCCCUACUUGACUCUCAGUUUCUUAGACGCUCAUUCGCUGUACAAGCAAUGCUGCGGAAACAUCGCUGCAAUUUUGACC